UCAGCCCUAAGCGUCCGACGGUGAACAGUGGGUGGUAGAUGACGCCUGAUGGAACACAGUUAUAACUUUUAGACAGGUUAUCAAGCGCAAUUUGUAUGGGCACACUGUCUGAGUAUUAAACCGAAGCUGGAAACGACAACGUUUAAUCAAGGAGAACAUUUUGAAUAUAACGGUGCUGAAAGCCGAAAAGAAAAAGAACAAAAGAUUAACGAAUGUCACUUGUUAAUCAGUUUAAAAUGUGAAUUGAAUUAUCUCUAAAAUAAUAUCUCGACUAAUUGCAGCAUUUUUUAGAAUUUAGUUAAAGUAUAGAACAAGGAAUAGGUCAUAUUUCUGCACUAAAAGUUUGGGAAUAUUGUGAUUAGAAUUAACCACACAGAACAUAUGGCUGAACAAUAAUCAGGGUGACUGUUCCAAGUGGAGAUUUUGGCGAACAGAAUCGAAUGAAAGUAUGACGUCGUGUUUGCCAAGGAAGUCCGGUGAAGAGGAGCGCUGUGCAUUGAAGCAGUUCAACCAGUACACAUUGGUUAUAUGGACCUGUGGUCUGCUUCUUGCUGUUCCCGCAUUUGCUUUUUUCUACUUUCCAAAUAUCUUCCGAGCCAAAGUCAGCUUUCUCAAUAUUAAGUUUAGUAGUUACAUGGGAGGACGUGCCGUGAGGCUUACCACGAUGACCCACAUAAAGGCCCGAAUUGAGGUCUACCCUCGUACUGAUGACGUUAAACGGUUCAAGGUACCAGAUGAAAAGGUGCCGUGGAAUGUAAAGUAUCAGGAAUAUGAACCACCAGAUUACACAGCUCCAUCAGUCUUGUCAAAACCACCAUGGGCGGAUCCAGAUGUGAGAACUACCAAUGACACUUCUAUUAAGUGGAAUGAUUACGACAAGGCAGCCAAUGUGAAUAGGAGGAGUCAUAUAGGAGAAUACAAGAUAGUCGAUAAAACACCUCGAAAUCCAAUAGGUAGAACUGGUUUGCGAGGACGGGGUUUGUUAGGUCGCUGGGGCCCAAAUCAUGCAGCAGAUCCCAUUGUCACACGGUGGAAAAGACAAAAUAAAACAAAUGAAGUAGUGAAGGAUAAAGAUGGUCAACCAGUCCUGCAGUUUAUUGCUGUUCAACGCAGAGACAACAAAGAGUGGGCACUUCCUGGGGGAAUGGUGGAUCCUGGUGAAUCCGUCACAGUCACGAUACGACGUGAAUUCAGUGAAGAAGCUCUUAACAAACUGGAGGCCUCUUCUACUGAAAAGAAGAAAAUAGAAACUGCUGUUAAUGCUUUGUUUUCUAAAGGAGAUGAGAUUUACAGAGGCUACGUAGAUGAUCCGAGAAACACAGAUAAUUCUUGGAUGGAAACCAUUGCAAUGAAUUUCCAUGACGACCAUGGUAAAAGUGUUGCUAAUUUUAAAUUACACGCAGGUGAUGAUGCCGUUGGUGUUCAGUGGAUGGACAUAAGCAAAACACUCAAACUCUAUGCCAGUCACGAGAGUUUCAUCAAGGAAACUGCCCAGAAACAUGCUGCUAGCUGGUAGUCCUACACCUUCCAUACUGUCCGAUCAUUGUAGCGAUCAUCCAUUACCAUAGUCACAUUUAGGUUAUCAAAUUUAGGUUAUACAGUCACCCAAGAGAGUUAAAAAAAGAAAGGCUUGACAAUUGACUGUUUAAUACAGGCCAGAUGAUUUGAGAGAAUAUUAACUUGACCUGUAAAGACAGGUGGGUGUUAAUUAGAGGUGAUGGUAUUCGUUUGGUUGACUGUAUAGCCGUUUUUGUCAGUCACCAUCAAGAAUGGGCUAAAACAACCACGGAAACAAUAUUGAAUACUCGCCUAUGGAGAAGGCAGUAUUAUUUUAUUAUAUGACCCUAAAAAAACCCAAGAAAACACUUGAUAAUUAAAACAGGUGAUGUCAAAAGAAAAAAUGUUUGACAAAAAAACAAAAACAAAAAUGAACAAAUCGCUUCCUGUUAAUAAAUAUUCCAGAUGACAAAUAAUGUGUCAUGUUAUGUCCCCAUGUGGUGACUCAAGAAGAGUUGUUUCCCUUGUGUGUAAUUUGUUUUUCAAAACCAUUUGAAUUAUUUGUUUCAUGUGAUCUCUUCUGAACCGAUUUGCUGAACCAAUCAAAUCAUCUCAUAGACAUUACAAAAUGUUAUAACCUAUUUUGAAACUAAUCAGUUAGAAAUGUUGAAUAAUGAUCUGUAAUUACUAAAAUUAUUGUAGAAGUCUUUAGUGUAAUAGUGAUAUAACCUAACUGGCCUCGGUGGUGUCAUGGUUAAACCAUUGGAUAUAAGGCUGGUAGGUACAGGGUUUGCAGUCCAGUACUGGAUCCCACCCAGAGCGAGUUUUAGCGACUCGGUGGGUAGGUGUAAGACCAC